AUCAAUUAAGCAGGAGAUGCUCAACGUGAUAUUAAUUCGAAUAUGCGACUGUCGGGCAACUUUUUGAAUAACAACAACAACAACAAAAAUUUAACGCAACAAAAUCACUUAUUUAUUAGUAAAAAGGUAAUAGAACAUUCUAGGCAACAUGGAUCCAGCACUUCUGAAAGAAAGGGCAAAGUUUAUGAACAGAGCUCUUGCACAGCCCACAGUCGAGAAAAGAAAAUCCAAAUCAAGUCAUGAUAAUGAUAAGGCAAAGAAAGCAAAGAUUACUUCGUCUAGACCAAAAGAACCAAAGUCAAGCAACGCUUCAUUUGACUAUAAAACAGCUCAGGGAAGCUCUCAGUUGAAGUUUGGAAUUCUUGCUAAAAUUGUGAACUUUAUGAAAAAAAGGCACCAAGAUAAUGAUUCUUAUCCUUUGAACAUUGACGAAAUUUUGGACGAGACAAAUCAGUUAGAUGUUGGAAAUAAAAACAAACAUUGGUUAGUGACAGAAGCUUUGCCAAAUAAUCAGAAGAUUCAGAUUAUACAGGAAGAUGGAGAGACAAAGUACAAAUAUAAACCAACAUAUGAACUGAAAGAUCGUAAAGCUUUCCUCAAUCUACUGAAGCGCUGUGACUUACAUGGUGAUGGCGGCUUACUGCUAGAUGAUAUUGAAGAAAGUUUACCCCAUUGUCAACAGGCUUUAAAAAAAUUAGGUGACAGUAUAUUGUAUAUUACACGUCCCAAUGACAAGAAGAAGAUCUUGUACUACAAUGACAAAUACUGCCAGUUCAAUGUGGAUGAAGACUUUACAAAAUUAUGGAGAGGUGUAUCUGUUGAAGGGCAGGAUGAAAGGAAAAUUGAAGAAUAUCUAGAAAAACAGGGAAUUACAUCCAUGCAGGAUGUUGGAAUUAAAGCAGCACCAGUGCAGAAGAGAAAGAAGAAAGGUGGUAAAAGGUCAUUCAAGAAACACAACGAACAUUUAGCAGGCGUUUUACAAGACUACGGUGAAUUUAAAGCCAGCAAAACCAGCUGAUCUUGUGACUAAGUCUCCAUACACAGUGUGGGAGACAUUUAAUUUAUCAUGCCUGACAUGAAAAAAAGUCCAGGCUGCUUCUACAAACUCAUGUUGGAUUUCAAGCAGUCUUAGAAAGGAUCUCUCCUAAGCCUUGUUUGGCAUAUUCCUGGCGUUUUUAACUUGUCUUGAUUAUUUCUUCAAA